AUGGAACCUCUUAUUAUUGAUGUUCGCGAGAAUGCCUCUGGCAACUCCAGUCCUUCCAAUACUGUCGUUGAUGCUAUCAUCGAGGGCCUGUCUAAACCCUCUGGAUCGCGGUCGCUCCCAACGCUCCUUCUGUACAAUGAGCGUGGAUUGAGACUUUACGACGACAUUACUACCAAAGCUCCCGAAUACUAUCUCUUUAGCUGCGAAGAGCAGAUAUUAUCAGAUCAUGGCGACGACAUUGUACGUACAAUGGGUGCCGCUCGACGUGGUGAGGAGGUAGUUAUUGAGCUUGGUGCGGGGGCUCUACGCAAGACUUCGCACUUCCUCCUUGCACUUGCAAGAGCGGCAAAGACUGUUGGUCCUGGAGAGAAACCCGAAGUCUCGUAUUAUGCGCUCGAUCUCGAGCGCCCCGAACUUGUUCGAACCCUUCGUGAACUUUCUGCGAGUAUUGGUAACGAGCUCGCUGGCCGCGUCUCGUUCGGCGGGAUGUGGGGUACCUAUGAUGGCGGAGUUGCCUUCGUCAAACGCGGCGGGCUCCAAGAGCUGCAACUCAAUCAAGGAGUCUCAAGCAAACUGGAUGACCUCGAAACUGAGCGUGGCAGGCCCACCGAUCGCAUUCCAGUCGUACGCACAGCGCAACCUACCCCUACACCAAGUGAAUCAAACAGUGCCUCUCCUCCGCAUGAUGAUACUUUGGCAGCCCCAGUUGUACCCACCAUAUCUGGAAGCGCGGCACAAACACCUAAUCGCUCUGCUUUACCUACUCCUCCCUCAUCCCUGCCAUCUCCAGCCGAGAAGUCUACCUCGAUCCCGAUUCAGUUGUUGUUCCUAGGAUCCUCGAUUGGCAACUUCACUCCGGGUGGGGCCGUCGACUUUCUACGUGCUUUGCCCCUCCGUGCUGGUUCAGGUGAUACAUUGCUGCUGGGGCUUGAUCAAAAGAAUGAUGGCAAUCUCGUCCAACGUGCCUACGACGAUCCUCAGGGGUAUACUCGAGCGUUUGCUCUGAACGGAAUUCAGCAUGCUGAGGAGAUUACUGGGGGGUUGAUCGAUAGUAGCAAGUGGAGUUACGUCGAAAAAUACAAUGAAGCGCUCGGGCGCCACGAGGGAUAUUACAAGUCUAACGUAAAGCAGACUAUCAAGUUUGCAACAAGCGCUGGGCAUUCACAGGACAACGCUAUCGAGCUAGACGAAGGAGAGUUAGUAAAUUUUGAAUAUAGCUAUAAGUAUUCAGAAACAGAUGCAUUGGCUCUUUUUGCCGCCGCAAAUCUUCGUGUUGUACGCCGCUGGCAGGACAAGAAGCGUCUUUACUCUCUUUGGCUACUCGAGAGAGCAUCAUUUACGUUCUCGGUACCGGUUUCGUCACAGCCUCUGGCAGCUGUAGUCAACUCCGACGAUAGCGGGAUUGUAAACAAGUCUUCAAGCUUGUUCCCUUCUAUCCCAACGCGUAAUGAAUGGACCAAUUCAUGGAAGGUUGUCCGUCGGCUUACGGGGGCAUGGGACGCAAUUACUAUCGGAAUGAUUCCCCCAGAAAUGUUACACCAAAAACCGAUUGACCUACGCCACAAGUGUUUGUUUUACCUUGGCCAUAUUCCCGCAUUCUUGGAUAUUCACUUGUCGCGGCUACUAGACGAGAAGCACACAGAGCCCGAAUACUUCAAAAACAUAUUCGAGCGGGGUAUCGAUCCUCAUGUCGAUGAUCCUACACAAAUCCACGUGCCCCACUCUGAAGUUCCUGUCAAGGAUGAAGAUUGGCCAUCGCUUAAAGAAAUCCUAUCAUUUCGCGAUCAGGUCCGUGCAAGGCUGAUACAGCUAUAUGACGAUUUCGAAUCGGGGAAAAGGACCCUCACGCGAACAAUUGGCCGAGUGCUCUGGAUGACAUUUGAGCAUGAGACUCUACACGCGGAGACUCUACUCUAUAUGCUACUCCAACGAGCUGGCUCGGGCACCAUCCCCCCUGCAACGAUAGUUCCUGAUUGGAAAACGCUUGCUAAAGGUUGGGACGCGGAGGUUCGGGCAACCUCAAACGCCCCAACUACCUUGCGAGUUGGACCUGCAGACGUUACAGUAGGUCACGACGAUUUUGAAUCCGAAGACGCAACGGCGCCCGAAGGAUGGCAAUCGUCCUACGAGUUCGGUUGGGACAACGAACAUCCUAAACGUACCGUUUCUAUUAGUGGAGUGGACAUUUCCAACAGACCCAUUACAAACGGUGACUAUCUUGCUUUCUUAUCGAAAGAAUCUCGGUUGGGAGAACAGGACCUUCCUGCAAGCUGGGUUCUUGUGGAGGGUGAAAUCUGUGUGCGAACUUUAUAUGGUCCCGUUGAGUUCGAUACAGCUCGACAUUGGCCCCUAGCCGCGUCUUAUGACGAGAUAGCGGCUUAUGCGCGCGCUCAAGGCGGCCGCCUACCCAGCGAAGCAGAGCUAUUGGCGUUUAGGGACCAGUAUGAUGGAACCAGCGCAGGCAAGGGCAACUUUGCAUACCGAAAUUGGCAUUACAUCCCCCCUCGUCCAUCCACCCAUGAAGAACGCGGACAUAACGGCGGAGUUUGGGAAUGGACCAGCACUUUAAUGCAUGCACAUGAAGGAUACGUCCCAUCCAUAAGGUAUCCAGGGUAUUCGUCAGAUUUCCAUGAUGAGAAACAUCAUAUUGUGCUGGGCGGCUCAAUAAGGAUCCCCGGCUCGUUACGUCUUAGGAUACUCCAAGAUUCUCGACUAUCAGCCAUUUCUCUUCCCCCACGACCUUCUUUCAGCAAACAUAGAAAAUUACAUCCUAGCUCUUCUCGUGUCUCCUAUGCAGCCACCGCGUUUACUCGCGAACGUGCCCUUCGCUCGUAUUCUCGGUAUGAAUCCUUAGCUCGCGGCGAGUUAUCCUCCAAACGUCGGGGGCUGAAUGACUUGCGAGGACGACAUGCUCGUAUAGCGAACGAAGUGGGCUAUAAUAGAAAACUAGAUCGGUUCCUUGAAGCAAUAUCAAUGAACAGUUUAAUUACAAGCAAAAUAGUUGGGUGGUCUAUACUUCAAAAGAGCCCCCUUCCUUCGGGUGUGGAAGUCCUUGGCGCAUAUGGUGGCAAUCGUUGGUCUGGCGAUGGUCCGACCGACCUUUCUCGUGUGGUCGAAGCUUUGAAACAUUGUGUUCGCGACUGGAGCUCUGAUGCGUAUGAAGAGCGCGCUCGGGUUUUCACUCCUAUUCUAAACAUUUUGCGUCAAGUUCCCAUCCAUCGACGAAGUGAUACGAAGGUCCUAGUCCCUGGUGCGGGUUUAUGUCGGCUUGCAUGGGAAAUAGCACGUAUGGGAUUUGACGUAACUGCCGAUGAAGUAUCUUCAUAUAUGACGCUGCCCUUCCGAAUGAUGCUAGACGAAACUGCUACCCCGGCCGAAAAUUAUCAUACUGUCUGCCCUCAUUACAGCUGGUUCUCGCAUACUCGUUCCAACGACAGUUUAUUUCAGUCGGCAUCGUUUCCAGAUACUCUUCCUCGUAUCGACAAGGAAAAUGUACUGGUUGAUUGUUGGUCCUCUGAUAAUACUACGCAUAAAUCCUCUGGCGAGCUUUAUACUCCUGGUGGAAAGUUCGAAUUAAUCGAAUCAGACUUCUUGUCACUCUCACCUCCGGAUAGGUCCGGAGCGGCUGAUGAUGCCUCAACCCAGGAUUUCUUGCAGUCUGGCUCCCUUGCUGUUGUCCCAGCCCAACCUCGCGAUCGUGGAUAUGACUUUAUAGUAACUUUAUUUUUUAUCGACACCGCUACCAAUGUUUUGGCAUAUUUAGACCAAAUACAUGCGCUCCUUCGGAGCAACUAUGGCUGGGCUGGGACGGCUUCAGACAUGGACCCCUCUUUUACUGGCACUUGGGUCAAUCUUGGCCCACUUCUUUGGCCUCCUGGCGCAUCUAUUGAACCAAGCCUAGAGGAAGUACUAGCAUUGUCUGAGAGAGUUGGGCUUAGUAUCGUAGGUGAAGACUGCUCGGCUGAGUCGUCGAAUAGACCAAUGAAUCCUAUUGAAAGUCGACGGACAUUGGAGUGCCAAUACACUGCCAAUCGCGCUGGAAUGAUGAAGUGGAUGUACCAGGCAGAGUUUUGGGUCGCGAAGCGUCGAGAUGACUAA